AUGGACGGUCUAUCUGGUGGAAUCAGAAGCUUCGCCUUCCAAAAGCUCGCUGCGUUGGCAGUGGACGCCCCCGCGGCGGAGCUCCUGGACUUGACCGAGCACACUCAACCACCUAGCGAGGAUGGCGCGCUCAAUGGAGUUCUGCAAAACCAGGCCCCAACAGCCAGGGUUCCCAUGGGAACCCGCGAACUAGAUGUCCUGCUCGCCCUAUGCAAGGCAGCGUCCUCGGUGAACGACCCAGACAAUGCCACCCAAUUGGCCUCACAAUUAUCUCAAUACUUGCCUGAAUCUCAUAGCCAGUUGUUUCGGUCUUCGCCUUUCCUGCACAAUGUAAAGCCAUCGCCCUGGGAGACAUUGACCUACAACCUGACCCGGGCUCUUCUGUCCCUGGGAUCCAAGUACCCGGCUCUCCGAACAGUCGCGAUCGAAGCCGUGCAUGGAUACUUGAAUAAUUGCACCGAGGCCAUCAACGCGGUCACGCCAUUCCACUACUCCAAGUCCGACUCGGGCCGCCAGGGGGUGGUGCAUGAAUCCGUGACUAUCUUGUCGAUCACGGUCUCCCUGGUAGGCUUCUUGGAAGCCUCCGCCGAAUACACCUCUAUCUGGCAUGCGAACGAAAAACUGCAAAUCGUCGACUUCCUUCGGGCGAUGCUGUCGGAGAAUUUCAUCAUCGCAGUGGAGACCGCUUCAUCUACCCUUCGCAAUGCGCAUGUCUCAGAACAUGCAUUCAAAGACUGGAAAAAAUACACUCGCCGCUAUGCUGCCCAUGGACGGCCGUUGGGUGCCAUGCUAGUGCAGGAAGGCUUCAUGUGCUUUGUCAAAUCAUGCGCAGCCUCUCUUAUAGGGUCUCAACACAUGACAGAUGAACAACUCUUGGAUGACUAUAUGACCGGCGUUGGUAUCGCCAAAAGCUAUGAUGAAGACGAUGUGUCUCUCAUCGACCGUGUCACCGACAUCAUCAGUGAAGAGAUCCACUUACUUGAGGAUGGUUCUGACUACCUACAAGUAGGCUCUCCUUGGCAACAGCGCCUCGCCUUCUCUGUCAAGGGACAUGCUCUGGUCGGUUUCCUCAACUGCGUGAUCCUCGGCGAAGAUGCAAACAACAAUGAUGUUCUCUUAUCCUGGUUGGAAGAUACACUUCUCGAUCCCCAGCAGAUGUCGAAUGGGGAUCUGGCUGUAACCGCUUUGAAGUGUACCGCCAUUCUGUCGAGGAUGUCACCCAACGGUGCAUCUAUCGGUAGGCGCUGUCUCUUGAGAUUCAUUUCUCAAGGAGGCGUGUCGGCGCGCUCCACUGUCGCCGUUGCAUCGCGGUGCCUGGCCCAGGUUUUGACCAUUCUCUCCGAGGAUGCUGUUAUUACAACUCUCUACUCGCUCGGGAAUGCGUUGAGUCCGAGCGCAAACGUAGAUCAGUCCAGCCAGGACCAACUGAAUGGGGAUCAUACUGGUCCCGGAAUGAACUUGGAAGCCUACCCCAGGAAUGCAAGCCAGACUUCCCUUUCGGCAAAUGCAGAGAGUGACAACGUGACAUAUCGAAAUGUCAUUCAUGCCAUUGUGACAAUUGCUACCAACUGCAAUGAUGGCAAGAUCAGUGCACUGGCUCAGUCUAUGCUUCUCCAGAAGAUCGGCAAGAUCAACGUGGCAGUAGAUGCCUACAUCAUCCAGGAAACUGCAGUUCUGGCUCUGAGCAGCGGACAAGCUGAGUUCCAGCUUCUGUUGAAGUUUUACACCCGCAUUUAUCUCGAUGGAAUUAACAAGGGAUUGGAAGCUAUCUCGAGUGCUGUUCAAUGUGCCAUGGCCUAUCUGUCAGUCACCUUGGAUCAGGAGUCACCACUUCACCGAAUCUAUUUAGUUCAUUUGCUGGAAAGCAUCAUCAACAAAGGUGACGUUCCAGAUCUUGAGAAUGAACAUCAUCGCGAGAUUUUCUUCGCCGCCGAAGACAUCACUCCUCUCCUGAAGCCUUUGGCUCUGCUGGUAUCUUCCAAGGGCAACUCGAACAAUGCCUCUUGGUCGGUCUUGGACUACGAUGAGUCAAUUUUGACUUUGUUCCGCGACGCCUGGUUCAAUAUUGCUAUUCACGGCAUAUAUCUUAGUUCUAAUGUUGCCCAAGAGCACUUCAAGGAACUGCGUCUUCUCGCACAUCACUCUCCUCCAUUGGUUGCUGGGACUCAUAUGGAAUCACUGGAGAGCGAUGUAGAAUUGAACACGGUGCUCAGGCGCGGAUCGGGGCCCCAGAGAAUGGCGGAACAGAAGCGAGCAUUGAUCUCUGAACUUCCUGGCCGUGACUCUGACAUCAAGAAGCUGAACUACUCUAGGGCGGUGUUCCUAAAUGCGGUCAUCUUGAUCGAAAGUCUGCGUGCCUCCUCGGGUGAUUCCACCAAGAUUCUCGAUUACUUCCUUGAUCCAGCCUUGGCAACUUCGGAGAUGGUCGUUUGCAUGAACGCUGCAGCGGACAAGGUGGUUACCUGCUAUCUUUCCCUGACACUAUCAGGACAACAUGAUGACUUCUCGGCGCCGUAUCUGUCAAAGCAGCUUGCUGAAUUCCUAGUGUCUUGCUGCCACCGCAUCGAGAGGGUCCAAAGCAUUGCCGCACAAUGUGCGGACAAGAUCAUUCGAGAAUGCCCCUCUGCGUUAUGCGAAAAGCAUUCUCUCUUUGCGCUACUUGAAAUCUUGACCGUCAUGUGGUCUUCGUGUCUCCAGGGAGAGCUCGAUGAGUUCGAGUGGAAGCCAUCUUUGGUUUCCCCCAUGGGCAUUGUGAGGGUCGAACUGCCGGACAACUAUGCACUGAGACGGGCGACUCUCAACCGAUUCCAUGAACGAGCGAGGACCUGGGUCACGGCUGUUUUGAACAUUGCCCCGCUGGAUAUCAAGGGCUUGCUUCAAACAUAUCUCUCUGAAUAUGACGAUGACGGUGGCUACGGACACAUCUCAAUGGGUCGUUCAUUUGCCCUGGAAAUGGGCACUCUCAUCCCUCAAAGUGAUCCACGACUUGGAUCAAUCGAUGCCCAUGGAAACAACGAGUUCAAUGUUGCAUCUGACUUCAUGGCACUUUACACCACACGUCAAAAGUAUCGACGUCCCGAUAUGCCUGCCCUCGACGGGCUGGACGGCAGAGGCUACCUCGCUCAGCCACGCAUCAAUGCCUUGCCAGAGUCGGCCGAUGCACUGGAAGAGACACUUGGUCGUCUCUAUGGACGGAGCAUCGAUGGCGAAGAUAUUCCCCUCGUGGAAAUCAGGGAUGUCCUCCGUCAGGCUGCAGGUUUGAUUUGCAGCAGCAGCAAGCCCCGACUUUCGGUGGUCCACUACUUGGUUGCUUUGCCUUUCCAAAUCUUCACCAAGGAGACAAUCAAGCUCGGUGUUUCUCUCUGGCUUGGUGUCAUCCACGAAAACCCAAGCACUGAGCCGCGCAUCCUCUGCGAGGUCAUCGAAGCCUGGGAGAGAAGCAUCAACCGCCGCAAAGGAUUGUUUGACCCUUCUUUCGGAUACCUCGACCCAUUGCAUACCAAAAUUGAACUCUUGCCAACUGACAAGGAUCUCAUGCUUCGCAUGCAGCAACAGGCCCAAGACACUAUCUCGCCACACUUGCGAGUUCUUCAGUUCUUUGAAAGCCAUUUCAAUGCUAUUCGCUUGGGCAAUCUGCAAGACCAACAACUGUUCUGUCGCUUGAUUGGCACCACUGUUGUCAACCUCACUAAAACAGAGGGUCACCCCCUGGCCCGAGAAAUCCAUUUCCGCAUUGUGCUCCUCGGACUCAAGGUGCUGAGACACCUUAGUCCCCGAAACUCUGGCGCGUCCUGGAAGCUUAAGGACCAAAUCUUAUCUGCUGGUCUGAGCUGGUUCAAGCACGCUCCUAGGUGGUCGUUCGGAGGAAACCGACUCCAGAUCAAGGCGGAGGACAAGAUCCUCGCUGAAGUGACCACGGUUCUGCGAUCGGUGACCGGAAUUGCCGCUCAAUCGCAAGGUCCCUACAAAUCUUUGCAGCCUAAGCAAGACCUCCUUCAUGUCCUGAUCGACAACGAACGAUCCCGCCUUCGAGUUUGGCUCUUCCCUCUGGAACCCGAGCGCAAGCAUCACAUUCCCAUGAUCGGAGGGAAACACCAAGCGGAGGGUCCUGUCUCUCUCCUUCGACUUGCCUGGGCAGAGGAUGCAGGGUUGGCAAUCCAAAUGGCAGCCCGAUUCCCCUCACCAAAGAUGCAGGAUGAUGUGAGAUUGCUCAUCCUCAAUUUCCCUGAAAAGGUCAUUGAGGAGCCCAGCGCGCUGGAGAUUAUGUUCGACAACUGUCUGCCGGACGACGUCAACUCUCAGUUGAAGUAUCUGCUAUACUGGGCCCCUGUGACCCCCACGGAAGCCAUCACAUACUUCAUGCCAUCUUACGGCAAUCAUCCCUACAUCUUGCAAUAUGCCAUGCGGGCGCUGGAAAGCUACACCAUGGACGUUCGGUUCUACUUUGUGCCCCAGCUGGUUCAGGCUCUGCGCUACGACAGCCUAGGCUACGUCGAGCGAUACAUUCUCGAAACCGCCAAAUUGUCUCAACUGUUUGCUCACCAAGUGAUUUGGAACAUGAAAGCCAACUCGUACAAGGACGAGGAUUCUCAGAUUCCGGAUCCUCUCAAGGGCACCAUCGACCGCUUCCUGGACAACUUGAUUGCAAGCUUCUCGGACGAGGAACGUGCCUUCUACGAGAAAGAGUUCUCAUUCUUCAACGAGGUUACGGAUGUCUCCGGCAAGCUGCGCCCAUACAUCAAGAGGAGCAAGCCUGAAAAGAAGGAAAAAAUUGAGGAGGAGCUGCGGAAGAUCAAGGUUGAGGUCGGAGUUUAUCUUCCUAGUAACCCGGACGGUGUGGUUGUGGGCAUUGACCGCAAGUCUGGCAAGCCCUUGCAAAGUCAUGCAAAGGCGCCUUACAUGGCGACAUUCCGGAUCCAGAAGACUCGGCCUCGAUUGACUGAGAAGCCCGAGGUCCACGCCGGUGAUCACCACCGACAUCAACGCCAGUUGACUAACCAUACCGAGCCUGAGCAGGAGACCUAUGAAGUGUGGCAGUCGGCCAUCUUCAAGGUCGGUGAUGACUGUCGCCAGGACAUGCUUGCGCUGCAGAUGAUCGCCGCUUUCCGAAGCAUCUUCACCAGUGUCGGUCUUGACGUCUGGGUCUACCCUUACCGAGUGACCUCCACGGCGCCUGGGUGUGGUGUGAUUGAUGUCCUGCCUAACUCCAUUUCUCGGGACAUGCUCGGCCGUGAAGCCGUCAACGGUCUGUAUGAUUACUUCGUGUCGAAGUAUGGAGGCGAGGAUUCUAUCCGCUUCCAAGAGGCCCGCACCAACUUUGUCAAGAGUAUGGCUGCCUACUCGGUCAUCUCUUACCUGCUCCAAUUCAAGGACCGACACAACGGAAACAUCAUGAUCGACGAUGCUGGCCAUAUUAUCCACAUUGACUUUGGAUUCUGCUUCGACAUCGCCCCGGGUGGUGUUCGCUUCGAGCGUGCUCCGUUCAAGCUGACUUCGGAGAUGGUCGCCGUCAUGAGUGGCACCCACGACCCUGCUCACCACCAGGGCGGCAACUCGGGCAUUAACCUCCCUGGCAGCUCCCACAACCCCACCAACACGCAGCCGUACAAGUGGUUCGAAUCGUUGGUCGUGAAGGCAUUCCUUGCCUCGCGACCCUACAGCACCAAGCUGGCCCACAUUGUGUCUCUAAUGCUUGACAGCGGUCUUCCUUGCUUCAAGCCUGAGACCUUGAAGAACUUCCGGGAUCGCUUUGUGCUGGACAAGAGCGAACGCGAUGCUGCCGAAUACAUGCGCGAACUGACCCGCAAGUCCUACAUGAGUGUGUCCACCAAGGGUUAUGAUCAGUUCCAACUGAUGACCAACGGAAUUCCGUAUUAG